UCCAAACUUAAGCCAAUCGGAUGUUCGCUGCUUUUGACAGACCUCGGAUCAGUUUGAGAGACGCUAUGGCCGAAGCUCUGACUAAAGUCCCUGACGUGGAGAUCGAUCCUGAAGGAACUUUUAAAUACAUCUUGGUGAGAGUGAAAGAUGGCGAUAAGCAGAAAGACAUAGUGCGAGGCACCAAAGCUGCAGAGUACCAUAAUCACAUAUUUGACAAAGUCAAACCAGCUCUGGAGGCCUUGGGGAUGGAGUGUGAAUGCCUCGGAGGAGGGAAGAUUGAGCAUAACGGCAAGGAGAAGAAAAUCAGGGUGUUUGGAGAGUCGACUGCUUUUGGCAAAGCAGAGCACUCUGUGUCUGUGGAGAAGCUGAAGACCGUCUUCAGCAACUAUGAAAUCACUUGGUCCGAUGAUAAGAAAUAGGAGUAUAAAUCAUAAUCUCUCUGCCUUUAUU